UUUAUCUUUAAAAGUGAUUGAUUAUUCCAAGUUGUGAUAAGUGAUAACAAAUAUAAUAUUGUAUGUUAAUUAAAUAAUUACGGUUAUUUACCUGACGUCAGGAUUGUUGUGAAUAUGUGUCUGUGCAUUUCUAGGAAGUGGGCUCCGAAAAAGGAGAGUUAUGAGAAUGAAAAAGAAAAAAAGAAAAAUAGGCGUUAUGCAGUUUUUCAAAGUAUUUCUGAAUUUACAUCUGAAUUACCACCAGUUACUGUUAAAACAAAAGGGGAAGAAAGUCUAAUAGAAGCCGCUAUACAUCAAAAUGAGUUUAUGUCUAGAGUAAUAUCUGGUGAUAUUCUCAAAGAAGUUAUUGCAGUGAUGUACAGAAGAGAAAUAGAAGCAGAAGAAACGAUCAUUAAACAAGGAAAUACUGGCUCUCAUAUGUACGUUUCAAUUCAAGGUACUUUCGAAUUAACCACCUCCAAAUCAACAACCACCUUUAACGACGUCCGAAUUUUUGGAGAACUUGCAAUUCUUUACGAUGCUAAACGAUUGGCUACUAUUAAAGCAGUGACAAACGCUGCGGUAUGGGUUUUAGACGCUUCCGUUUACCAGAAACUUCUUGUGAAGCACAAUAUUAAAGAGCAAGAUGAAAAGGUCAAUUUCCUGAUUAGAAAUGGGGUAUUGAGAGAUGCGGAAGAACGAGUUUUAAAACUGGUUGCGAAUUCUUUGAGAUCUGAAUUUUUCACCGGUGGAAAGCAUAUUGUUAAGGAAGGCGAGAAAGGUAACAAGUUUUAUAUCGUCAGAGCUGGCACAGUAAAGGUCUCCAAAGUAGGGGAAGGAAUCCUAGGUUCUCAUGGAAGGGGCUAUUGCUUCGGAGAAAAAGCACUUUUGGAAGAAACCAGGCGACAGGCCACAAUAACUGCAAAUCCUCCAUUGGUUGAGUGUCUGACUCUUUCUAGAAAGUUAUUUUUAGAGGUGACAGAAUACUUGAAAGUUACACCAAGGAGAUCCACUAUAAUACCUUCUAAUCCGUAUAAAAAUAUUGAACUAAAAGAUUUACAAGUUGUAUACACUAUUGGAAUAGGAGGAUUCGGUCGGAUAGAAAUGGUUGUGGUUAAAGAAGAUAAAAAUAAGGUAUUUGCUUUAAAAAUAAUGAGCAAACAUUCCAUAGUGAAUGAUAACAGACAACAACAGGCCAUAAACGAGAAGAUGCAGAUAAAUUGCCACUCUCCUUUCAUUGUAAAAAUGUACAAGACCUUCAAGGACUCUAGAUAUAUUUUCUAUAUGUUAGAAUAUUGUCCAGGUGGGGACCUUUGGAAUCUUCUCUACAAAGGGCAAAAUAAUAACAGAUUUAGAGAAAAAGACGCCAAAUUCAUUGUAGGAUGCGUUCUAGAGGCUCUAGAAUAUCUGCACAAUAAAGACAUUAUCUACAGAGACUUGAAACCAGAAAACGUUCUCCUCACCACCACAGGCUACUUCAAGUUAACAGAUUUCGGCUACAUAAAAAAACUAGCAAAAUUCGAAAAAACGUUUACUUUCGCUGGAACGGUGGAAUACGUAGCACCGGAAGUUGCCCAAAAAAAGACUUACGAUCGUUCAGUGGAUUUUUGGGCGUGUGGAAUAUUCAUUUUCGAAAUGUUAUGCGGCCGAACCCCGUUCAACAGUUUCGAUGGAAACGACAACAAAAUUUUUCGAAACAUAUUGAGCGGCAUAGAGAAUAUUCAGUUUCCUAAAUUGAUAAGUCCUGUAGCCAAAGAUUUAAUUUUAAAACUUUGUAAAGCUAAUCCGACAGAAAGGCUGGGGGAGGGUAAAGGUAUCCAGGAUAUUAAAAAUCAUAAGUGGUACGACAGGUAUAAUUGGCAGAAAUUGCGGAAUUUUCAAAUAGAUUCGCCGUUUAAGUACCAGAGCAAGUCGUAUAAAAGUCGGAAGUAUCAACCUGAAAAGGAGAUUCCACCGGCAGAAAUGUCGGGUUGGGAUGAUGAUUUUUAGCGAUAUUAGUAUUUUUCGAUAUUAAAGAUAGUCGUAUGUUUAUCUACGCCUGAAGUGAAAGGCUAUUUAAAAUAUGUUAGAUAUUUUACAUUGAUAAGUAAAAAUUAGAAUGAGAUAUGUGUGCCUUAAAUUCAUCAUUUUCCACUUUUAAUGUCUUUCUCAGUGCUUCCUAAUACAAAUUACCAUCUUUUGGCUUAAUGGUUUUUGAAUCAAUAGAUAAUCUCAGUUCACUGAUCUAAAAUAUGAUAAACAAUUAACUAUUAAAAUUAUAAAAAAAUAUGAAGUAUUCUUGUCUUCUCGGUGCUCUGACUUUAACUUCUUUUCUUUAUCCUUUCUUUACCUGUCUCUGCCUAUCUCUGUCGUCUAUGCCUUUCUAGUUCAUUUUGUUCUCGUUUUAUAUAAAUA